UAAAAGCCGAGGUGUGACUGAGAGAGAAUCAUAAAUCAGCUGAGAGUGAUCAACGUCGUCCCAACGAAACCCUCAAAGAUGAUGUGGAGACUGUUACCCAUCUUACUGAUUGGAAGGCUGCAUGUAACUCAGCAGACAACAGAUUACUGCAACGAACCGCUGAUACAUCUGCCUGACAAGAACGCAUCUCAGUCUUCGAACUUCUCUAAUGAAUACAGCCGACUAACCAACGCUGAGAGAGCCUCUGAUGGGAAUCGCUCCACAUGUUCUCUCACCCUGAUUAAUUCGAGCUCCUGGUGGAGAAUUGACCUGCAGGGGGUUCACAACGUUUCCUGUGUCUCUAUAUACAACAAGAACUGCUCAAGUCUAAACGUAACGCCUGCCGAGAUCUACGUAGGAAACUCUCCAAAUGACAACGGCACACUAGCCUACAACAUCACAGAGUUCAACACAGGCCGGAUAAACGUCUUCAGGUUCCCCAAAUCUGUGUUUGGGCGCUACGUGACGGUGAUCAGACCAGGACAAAAAGCCACGGUUCUUUGUGACGUGAACAUCACUGGCACAGCUUUGGAACCUCCAUUCUGUUUUGACUGAUUGUUGUGAAGAAUCCCUGAAAAUCUCUGGAGGAAAUCAGAAAUCGGUUCUGAAUCCUGGAUGGACAGAUGCAGACAGAACGACCCUCUGUUUGAAAAGUUCAUUUUUGUUUCUGUCAUUUUUUGGGUGGUUGGUUUGAUUUUCCUUCUUUGCGCAAAACUUAUGUCACGGCCGUUCUAGCCAUGGAUACAUGAGGAGGCAGGCGAAAAUGUUAAGGGGGCGUCAUUAUGUAUAUACAUAUUAGAGGUUAUAGACUUCAUAUAUUUUAUGGUGGACUAUAAAAUGAUAAAAGUCGAGUAGAAGUUGACUCCUCACAGUGACGUCAUAGAAACGUAAGCGAACUUCACAUCAACUUACAGGCUGAAUUAUAUUUACAGCAAAUAUCGACAAAAAAGCCCUUUAAAUAUAUUAUUCCGGUAGCCUUUGCAGAAGUUUGCAGUUUCCCUUUGAUGAAUUAUUAACAUUUUUACACAAUUCCAAUUCAGGAACUCACCUAGUUCAUCUUCUUUCAUUUUUUUUGUAAAAAAUUUGUUUGGACACAAUGUUUGAUUUACACGCAUAACAACCGAGUAACAACAAAUCCAAUAGCUGACAGAGCAGCACUGCGUUAAGUAUCAGGAUUCAGCGCCAAAAACGCAAACAUUUCCCACAAAAAGAACAGAAUAUUCAAUUCGUAACAGUAAACACAGCGGGGUUCAUUAGCUACCUUAAAAACCUGCUCGACUGAUGCUCUGCCACAUAGUUGGUGUGAGAGUCGCCUUUCAAACUGAACCAAAACACACCGAACAUGCUAAGGUUGUUGAAGUCAAGGGAACAUAAACUGACCUACUUCCAACUCCGUCGAUAUUUUUUUUUAAUUAAAACCUUUCACUGACCUGUGAAACGUUGGGGUUUGUUUUGUAGCUGUAGUCUUAGCAAAACACUGUGCUCCUUUCGUGCACAUUUAAGAUUUAGACAACUUGACAGAUAAAGUCGCCAUCGUUAGCAAGCAGGUUGGCUAGCAGGGAGCGGGAUCUCGCUCGCGUUAGGCUCGUUUGAAAACUGAAAGCUGAUUGGCUGUUUAUUUCAGCUGCAGCCUGACCGCAGACAGACAGGAGAAGACCGCAGCCUGCUGAGCACGGUGCGCAGCAGAACCUCGGAUAAAGGAGAUGUUCCGUUAUUUGUGGCAAGUUUCAUUUGAGGGUGCUCUGCCCCCUUUAUGUCAUGGUAAUAAUUAUUUGUAUUUGUAUCAAAGAGUUCUGAGUCUGUAUAGUGUCAUGCUCACUGAUAUCAUUAUGAAGUAUUUAUAAUGUUUAAUGCUUUAAAGCUUGUUGUAAAUGACCGCUAAAGAUCCUUUCUUAUUAGGCUGUUUUAUUGUUUUAUCAGAAUAAAUGGAGAAGUACAGCAAAUGUAAAAAAAAUUUCAUUAAAGUAUUAAACAUCACAAAAUAUUUUACACUGAAAUAAAUGUUCAAUUUUUGAAAUUCUGUACAACGUCACUGAUUUAGAGAACAGAUUUAUCAGCUUUGAGUGCUUUUCUUAAUGGUAAUUUUAUAUGGAGAUAUGCCCUGUUUGGUGAUGAAAUAAAACAUAAAAGCUAUCUUCUCAUUAAUGUUGAUUAAAGACACAUUUUUGGAUCUUUUUAUAUUUUCUAAUUGAUCCUAGCAUCAAUGGUUGCACAUUUCCUUUAUCACGGUUAUGAAUGUUAUGUUUUUUUUAAGCUGAUAGUCAGAUGUCAGUUUUUGGAUCUAUGGCUGGAAAUAGUAAAAAGGUUUGACGUUUUCUAUUUUGAGGUCAGAUGUUUUUUAUGUUGUUUUUUUCCCCCUGGCCAUCAAAAAUCCAAAAAUAUUUAACAUUAUUUCAGUUUGAACUCAGAUUUCCACAACAGAUUUGC